CAAUGCUGGCCUUAAGUCAGGAGGACACGCUUUUGUAUUGCUCCUAUGUCAUAGCCGCUUUCGAUAUGCUCUGUGCCGUGCUCUUUGCCCUGCUCUCCUUGGGUCUUGUAGUGCAACAUCUCAGCUGGCUGACCAUAUUUGCGACCUGCUUUGGCAUAUUUUGGUUCUCACUAAUCGUCCUGCUAGUUGUGGGCCUAUAUAGGCGUGAUACCCGCUAUAUGCGCUACUGGCUCAGUUUCUCCAGCGCUGGCAUACUAAUUGAGAUGUUUCUGAUUCUUUAUGGAUUCUUCAGCGAGACCAAAUUCCAGUUGAGCAUGGCCAAGAACAUCAUAUUAUUGCUACUGGGAUUGAUUGUCGAGAGCUGCUUCGUCUACAUUAUCUUUCAGUUCUACAAUGUGCUCUGCAAGUGUCCCUACCAUCCCCCGACCCCGUGCAGGCGUUCAUCACAGCGCACGCCUCAGCGCACUCCACAACGCCAGUCGAAGGGACGCAGGCAGAAAAAAUCCCAACAUUCAUCUGGCGGAACGAGAAUGCUGCAGAGCAGUACCGAUCAAAGCGACUACCGAUGUGGCCAGGGACCGCUCGCGUAUUUCACUUCCGGCCCAGUGAUGGAUUCUGACCAUAUACAAGUAUGUCCUCAGGCGCAAGGUGGAAGGCCAUCACCAAAGUCACCAGCAUCGGGGCAUUAUUGUAAUUAGCGUUGUGUGCGUGUGUGGUUGCUUGUAUGUAUUCCAAUUGCUAUAUUUUCUGCAACGUAUACGUAAUAUUUUGUAAAAACUCAAAAA